AUGGCAGACUCCAUUGCCAAUUUGACUGUCGACUACAAAAUCAAGACAGUGAUUGGUGUGUCCGAGAAGGGUCCGUUCUUUUCCAUACCCACAGAGUUUGAGGCAUGGAAUUGCGCCGGAUAUCUCAACCUCCGUGAUCAUCAGAUGUUGCUGUUCAUUCUGCACAAGCAGAACAUGACUGGGGAAAGCGGGAUUGCCAGUGGCACCAUAGCGACCACACUGUUGACCAGGGAUGCCUCCGAGCUACAACUGGAGAUGAGUGCUCACUCAUUCAAGGCCAAACUCCAGGUCGAGAUGAAGACACGUGGAGAACCCUCGCAACUCCGCAGGUCGAAUGCUGCAGGCAGCAGUGGGUAUGGGUAUGAGCCAGCUACCCCGACAGCUCCCGAUGAGGUUUCAGUCCUCAGUCCUGCUGUCCCAGAGCAGGCAUUGCACGAGGGGUUUGCAGCAGAGAGAGGGGAGUCCUCAGUCCCCGGUCCUGCUGUGGAGAAUGAUGCGCUGAUCGACUGGGAGUUGUUGCAGUACCAUUUGAGGACACACUUGGACAUUCCGGGGGUGUUCCGUUCAGAGCCCACAAUGCAGUUUUCCUGGCUGGGCCGAGCCGUUCCACGUCAUGCGACUUACAGUGUGGAGGUUGGUUCCACUGUGACAGAAUCUGCUCUCAGAUGCCGUGGUGGGUUGGACAUUGCAGCGACAGUCCUGCAGUCCUACAGUCCCUCCUCACUGCCCAAGAACAUGAAAGCAGAGAGCAUGCUGGAGUUCAUUCGGGAACCAGUCCAGAUGGACAAAAUGGCAGCCUGGUUGGAGGCAGUCGGCAGGAAUGAGGUCCCCUGCACCCCGGCCUUGCUGUACCACUACUGCCAGAAGGGCUUCGAGGGCUUCUCCCAGUGCCAGCAGGAGUACUUCUACCCUACGGGGUUGAGCUACAACUUGACCAAACACGUUUCCGAAAUCGUCAUGCUGAUGUGCGAUGCUCUCAUCUUGGCCCGCUGUUUCCCUACGUCUGUCGAAGACAGUCUGGCACCACCGUCGAGAAGAGAGACAGUCUCGCAGUUCUUGGACCAGUAUUUUGGAUAUGGCUGGGCGCGCUGGAGAUGUCCGUUUGACUACGUUCCUGACUACACUCGUGGUGAAUACAGCACAUCGGAGUUCGCAGUCCUGACUGCCCAGGUGGAUGACUUCCGAGUGGACGACUUCUUCGAUGUUGAUGAUCUUUGGUCAUGGUGGCUUCCGAUUAAUGGAACCUUCAUCUGGGCAAUGUACACCCCUCCGGAUACCGACAAUGGCAUUCGCACAGUCAGCUUUUGGAAGAUCGUCCGGAGCCAGCAGAACGGCCGCUACGUUCAUAUCGGGGACAACUAUGUCUGGCAGCCCGCGGACAAUUCGCAGUUCAACCCAGAGUAUGCCGAGCGCGAAGUCCUGAAGCCGAAUUGGUGCAUACAGUCCAUUCCUGGAAUCCAGAAAUCCUACAUGCAAAUUGGGAAAUGGACUUGCAACCGCAUCGGUGUUGCCACCCCAGAGUUUCGAAAGCGCAAGAUCUUCAUUCUCGAGAUGACCCACGAACCAGGCCGGCACUCCCAGCGCAGGCCAUCUUUGACUUUGAUCAAAUUGGACAACACGACGAUCCCUGAGGAGCUGUUGAGAUUUGUCAAGUACGCACAGUACUAG